AGCAACAGGACUGUCCUUUUUUUGGAUGCUUUCAGCUCAAAAGCUCCAGCCAGACAAGAAGCAGAGGAGGAAAAGCAGCCCUGCUCUUGGGACCAGCAGGCAGGACCAUAAUUUGCCUGUGACAUCCCUGCAUGCCAAGGACUGCAGCUAACCAUGAGAGCGGCAUUUCUCUCGCAGUGUGCAGUGAAGCUAAUUCAUUCCCUCUGGCUGAGCCUGAUCUUCAUGGAGAGCUGUAGUGCGAAGGUUUUGGAAAAGACACUGGCACAGUGGAUGCAAUACAAGGAUGAAUGUUUUAAGAAAAUGGCCAACGAUCCCUAUCCCUCGGGGAUCUUUUGCAACCGAACAUUUGACAUGUAUGCAUGCUGGCCGGAUGGGAGCCCUGGCGCCAUCGUCAAUGUCUCCUGCCCUUUCUAUCUGCCCUGGUAUGAAAAAGUGAAACAUGGGCUGGUGAGUCAGAAGUGUGGGCUCGACGGCCACUGGGUGCUGGUGAAUGGGACGGAGCUGUGGAGGGACCAUUCCCAGUGCCUGGAAGAGAUGGAAGCGACUGCUGAAGAGGAGGGAGUCCAUCGGUUGAUGGUCAGUUUCAAAGUCAUCUACACCGUGGGCUAUGCCCUGUCCUUGCUGGCACUGGUCUUGGCUCUUCUCAUCCUCACAGUCUUCAGGAAACUUCGCUGCACACGGAACUACAUUCAUGCAAAUCUCUUUGCUUCCUUUGGGCUCCGGGCCCUUUCCGUGAUCGUGAAGGAUGCGCUGAUGGAGAGGUUGUGGAGGAGGGAGGUUUUCCAGGUGUCUGACUGGGAGACCUUGUGGAGCCAUGAGGUUGCAAUCGGUUGCCGUGUGGCUCAGGUCACGAUGCAGUACUGUAUUUUGGCCAACCACUACUGGUUUCUGGUGGAGGCUGUCUACCUGUACAAGCUUCUGAUUGGAGCCGUGUUUUCAGAAAAGAACUACUACACCCUUUACCUUUACCUUGGCUGGGGGACCCCAGUGGCCUUUGUCGUGCCAUGGAUGGCUGCAAAAUACCUGAAGGAAAAUACAGAGUGCUGGGGGGCCAAUGAGAACAUGGCCUACUGGUGGAUUAUUCGCAUCCCUAUUUUGCUUGCCUCCGUGAUCAACCUGCUGAUCUUCAUGCAGAUCCUGAAGGUUAUCGUGGCCAAGUUACGAGCCAACCAGAAGCAUUAUGUCGACUAUAAACUGCGAUUAGCCAAAGCCACCCUGACCCUUGUCCCCCUCUUUGGGAUCCAUGAAGUGGUCUUCAUCUUUGCCACAGAUGAACAAACUACAGGAAUCCUGCGUUACAUCAAAGUUUUCUUCACUCUCUUCCUUAACUCCUUCCAGGGUUUCCUGGUUGCUGUACUUUACUGCUUUGCAAAUAAGGAGGUAAAGUCUGAAAUGAAGAAGAAAUGGCAGCUCUGGAAACUGGAUCACCCAGCUCUCUGCUGCACUCAGUGAAGAUGAGGGGGGUGGAAAUGCUGCACACCAGCGCAGGGGUUUGUGCAUCCUCUGCCAAGCUCCCCUUGAAACAGCAGCUGGUUCUCUGUCCCAUGAUGGACUGCUUCAGGCAGGCAUGGGAUUGCCUUGGGAUGACCGCCAUCAAGAGCUGUUACAAUCAUAGUUCUGUUUGUAGGCCAAGAGUACCAUUCAGAAAAAGGGCCUGAGGUGACUGUUGCCACUGGCUCAAACUUGGAGAGUCAUGCUACUGAGCAGAAGCAUAAAUGAUGUACCAGCCAUGCUGAAGGAAUGAUGGCAGGUGCUUGCCUUAACCUCUAAAAUGCACUGUAGACUGAUGUGUAUGUAUCAUAUAUCUACACACCAAGAACUGAGGACAGUCCCAUCUGGACUGAGUUUUGACCAGGUAUGAUGGGCCUUAGUAACAUCCUCCACCAGCUGGCCACACUGAAGAACAGCUACUAUUGAUACUCACACUUCUCAUAUAUUUGAUAUUAAAGAAACACAAUCUCUU